AUGCCAAGUGCGAGCACUUCAAGUUCUCCCGCGGUUUAUGCCCAGGCAUGGAACCGACCUCAGCCAUUGAAGGCACCCAACAUUCCAUAUGACAACGAUGCUGGUUCUAAUCCCGUCCUGCGUGGCUUGCCCCUCGCAGUCGUCUCUUCAAUCAUCGCCUCCUCCACUCGAAUUCAGCGCAUCUUCUGGACCCUGAAUAAAUUCGACAAGAUCAAAGACAUCACCCACAUCCACGACUACGAUGUCAUUUGGGACCCUACUGUUAUCCCUGUGUCUACUCAUGGAGACAAAGACACAUCCGUCGCAAGUCUGCCUACUCCUCCCACGAGAGCUUCCCUCAAUGACUACUACACGUCCGCCGAUUUCCAUGCAUUGUAUAAAUCGGGCAAAAUAACACCAUCAGAUGUCGUUGAGGCCUUGUUGCCACUGAUACAAAGAGGCACGAAUCCACCAGGCCAAUUUUCGGUUGGUUUCAUCUCCUCCAAAGCAGAGUUGGUUCGCGCUGCUGCCAAAGCUUCUACCGAUCGCUACAAGGCUGGCAAGUUUCUGAGUCCCCUUGAUGGAGUGCCUUUGGCGGUCAAGGACGAGGUGCACCUCCAGGGUUACAAGAGAACUCUGGGAAGUCGACUCGAUCGAACGGACAAGCAUGACCGCACUGCUUGGUGCGUUCAGAAAUGGCAGGACGCUGGUGCUAUCAUCGUGGGCAAGACCAACAUGCAUGAGAUAGGAAUGGAUACUACCAAUAAUAACCAAACCUGGGGAACGCCUCUCAACCCACACAACCAAGGUUACUACACUGGUGGUAGUUCUGGAGGCUCAGCUUAUGCAGUUGCGUCCGGCCUGGUUCCAAUAGCUCUCGGCGUCGACGGAGGUGGUUCUAUUCGAUUACCUUCGUCUUACUGCGGGCUUUACGGGCUCAAGCCAAGUCAUUCCCGAGUUUCCGCCAGGGCCGGCACAGAUGCCACAGACAGCGUUGGAGUCAACGGUCCUAUGGCCAGCAAUAUCGAUGAUUUAGCUCUGGCUUACCGCAUUAUGGGUCAGCCAGACCCUCUCUCCAAGAAUAGCAGAGGGUUCCCCAAUUCUCUAUCUCCGGACACCGUCUGGACGAAUCGCAAAGCCGGUAAAAAAUACUUAGGUUUGGUUAAGUACUGGGUAGAUAGAUCUGAUCCCAAUGUACUCAACAUGUUCAACGCAGCAGUCGAACACUAUGUUACCGAACACGGCUACGAAGUCGUCGAAAUCGAUAUACCACUCCUCCCACAAGGCCAGAAAGCCCACGCGAUGACCAUUCUCUCCGAAGCACGUUCAGGCAUCAGCCCAUCCGAGAUCAAGCAACUCUCAUGGCAUAACCAGCUUCUCAUGAACGUCGCCGGCAGCCACGCUUCUGCCCAAGAUUUCAUCGGCGCCCAGAAGCUAAGACAUCUUCAAAUGGCUCAUCUGGCAUGGCUAUGGGACACCUACCCGGGCCUUUUAAUCCUCACGCCCACCACCCCGGCGGCCGGCUGGAAAAUCGCAAAACCUAGCGACGUCACCAGCGGCUAUGGCGUCAGCGACGGCGACAUGAGUCUGCGCUCGAUGGAAUAUGUAUAUCUGGCGAACUGGACGGGCGCCCCGGCCAUCAGUCUCCCCAUGGGCUGGACCGCCGAUGAGAAUGUCCCUGUCGGCCUGAUGGCCAUGGGCGAAUGGGGCAGUGAAGAACAGUUACUUGCGUUUGGCAAGGAGGGAGAGUCGCUGCUGAAGGACAAGGGUGGGAUCCGUCGGCCCAAAGGGGAGAAUCUAUGGUUCGAUCUACUGGGUGAUGGGUUGGCGAGGAAGGGAGCAUAA